AUGUCAUCCAGCGACCUUGAGCUGUACCAGCAGCUUGACGCCCAGCUGAUCUCGCUUGCGGAUGAGUUUGCCAACCUGGUGCGCGCCGGCGGCGCGGGCGCGCUCGACGACCCCGGCCCCGACGCAGCCGGCGGCGGCGGCGGCGGCGGCGCUGGCGGACGGGGCGGCGGGGGACGGCGGCAGGUGCCUGGGGAGCUUCUUGAGGCUCUGACUGAGAAGCUGCUCGCUGCAGGCCACCAGUGCAUACACACGGUUUCUCAGCUCAAGCGCGGCGCCAUGCUCAGCGACUUUUCGUCGCUCAUAACCAGCGUGCGCGUCACGCGGACAGCCCUGGAGCACCAGGUCCACUCAGCCAGCGCUGAGCUGGCCGCAAUGCGGCAGGACGUGCAGCUGCUGCUGAAUGACCUGGAGGGCCAUUACUACAGCAGCGCCCACCGCGGCCCGGCCCCGCCGCCGCCGCCCAGCGAGCUGGCGCUGCUGUGCACGCAGGUGCUGCAGCGGGAGAGUGGCUGGCCGUGGGCGGCGCCCCCGGUGCCCGCGGCGGUGGCGGUGGUUGGGCUGGGGCCAGGGGAGGUCGGGGGCGCAGCAGCGGCACAGCAGCAGCAGCAGCAGCAGCAGCAGCAGCAGCAGCAGCAGCAGCAGCAGCAGCAGCAGCAGCAGCAGCAGCAUCGGCAAAGCCAGCACUAG